UCUCAUGAAAAUAAAUUACAUUGGCAUGGGAUCUGGAGAUCUUGCUUUCUGAUCUAGAGUACAGUGGAUAGCAGGGAGGAAAAGGGAAUGAGAGAAGACCAGAAGUAAAAAUUUCACAGAAUGUAAACAGACGCAACUGACUCAAUCAUUCACACCCAGCCCCAUUGGGAAAAUAAUUCUUGUGGAUCACCAUUGUCAUGUUUAUCCAGGCUUUGCCAAAUCAGCAGCAACUCUAAAGACAGAAAACAGAUUGCACUGUAAUUGUUCUGAUAACGAGCACAAAUAAGACAAGUGCUUAAAUGGUUACAAGCACCUGCUCCAUAAACAUAGACUAGUGAACUUUAAGAGACUACUAGACAGGUAUAUGGAGGAAUUUAAGGUGGGGGAUUAUAAGGGAGGCAGGAUUUGAGGGUUGGCACAACAUUGUGGGCCGAAGGGCCUGUAAUGUGCUGUACUAUUCUAUGUUCUAUGUUCUAAAGUCUUGCUCAAAUCGAAAAACAAAAUACAACAGUGGCUGGAGAUCUGCAGGAAAUGCUCUCUAGAUUAGGCAGCAUCUGUAAGUGGAGAAACAGUCAACAUGUUAAGUUAAUCAUUGUUCAUUUGUUCAUGCAUGGAGUCUGCAUUGAGACUCGGGGGGGGGGGGCGGGGUGCUCAAUGCCUUCAGGAUUCCCAUGAGUAAACAUGAACACUGCAUAUUUUUCAAGGAUAUGGUCACCUACCUACAGGAAAGAUGUAAAGAAAGUUGAAAGAGUACAGAGGAAAUUUACAAGAAUGUUGCUGGGACUGGAGGACCUGAGUUAUAAGGAAAGAUUGAACAGGUUAGGACUGUAUUCCUCAGAAUGUACAAGAUUGAGAGGAGAUUUGGUAGACAUAUACCAAUAGGGGUAUAGAUAGGGUAAAUACAAGCAGGCUUUUUCCACUGAGGUGGGGUGGGACUACAACCAGAGGUCAUGGGUUAAGGGUGAAAGGUGAAAACUUUAAGGGGAACAUGAGGGGAAACCUCUUCACUCAGAGGGUGGUGAGAGUGUGGAAUGAGCUGCCAGAGCAAGUAGUGGAUGUGGUCUCGAUUUCAAUCUUUAACAUGAGUUUGGAUAGGUGCAUGGAUGGUAGGGGUUAUGGAGGGCUAUGGUACCGGUGCAGUUUAAAUGGUGGCAGCAUGGACUAGAUGGGCCAAAGUGCCUGUUUGUGCUGCGACUUGGAGAAGACUUUGGAAACCUUCCCUAGGCACAUCUUGGAAAUCUCAUGUCUUCGACAUGAGUGUCCUUAAUUUCAUUGCAGCAUACUAUCCUCCACAACUAGAGGAUGGGUGUAAGGCAGGGGUCCCCAAACUUUUGCGCACCGCAGACCGGUUUAAUAUCAACAAUAUUCUUACGGACCUCGCGUGCAUUCAAGUUCAACGGUGGGCGUGACAGGGAAUGAGGAAAGGUGCAGCUGACUCAUAUCGUUUCAUAUCGCCAAAUCAUGUCGUUUCCUCGCACAUGCUUGCGGCCCGGUGGUUGGGGACCACUGGUGUAAGGCACUGAAACAAUAUUUAAUCACCCAGCAGUUGUAGGUUAAUUGGUUAUUGUAAAUUGUCCCAUGAUUAGGCUUGGACUAAAUUGGGGGAUUGCUGGGUGGUGUGGCUCAAAGGGCAGAUAAUCUCAUUUUCGUGUUGCUAUAUGGGGGUGAACCUCUCAUUUCACAACAAAGGAAUAAGUCACAUUGACAGCUAAAGAUGUGUAAAAAGAAUAACAAAAGACCUAUUCUUCCUGUAUUGGAGGAACAGUUGCCUUUGGCAGAAUUUGUUAGUGAUGGUUACUGAGUACAACAAGGAAGAGCAAUGAUACAAAUGAAGUAACGGUGGUGUACACGUUCUCCAAAAAUAAAACAGUAUCCUUGAUAGUAACCAUUCUAGUGCAAUAUUCAUGAGUUCAGGAGAGUUACUAAGGAAGAGAGGAAAUUAACCAGAGGCCUUGCUCCUGAUCUCUCUGCAGUGACCAAUCCCUGAUAGUUACUUAUGCAAAUAUCAGAUAAAGACUGCUGGCAUGUCAUUUCGUCCUAAAUCGACACCACCCAUUUAGGUUUACAAAGCUGGGAAAUUCCACCCAAGUUUUACUCAGUGCCUCUAAAGGAAAUUAUUUCUUCGUAUCAAAAGUAGGAACAAAAGUUAGGCAAACUAUUUUAUAGUAUAGGCUAAUUUUCUUUUGCUAUUUGCUGCUUUUAACUCUGGACAGACAGCUCCGGAUUUUUGUUUGAAACUAUUUACUACGUCUUAAAGAAACACAAUAACAAACAAGAAGUGGGUUGGAUACCAAAUUCCUUUGUCAUUCAAGUGAAUGCAACUGGUCAAGGUUCACACUGGAAGUUCCUUAAGAGCUGUGACAGCUCUCUAUUGCAUGUUCAGUGACUGGACAGAUAAAGAACCUGUGUUUCAAUUCCAUAGCUAUGUAAUGUAAUACCAGGAAUCCCACUGACUUUGUUCUGGAGACUGCUUACUCACUCUCUCUCUCUGGUAGCUGGACUAUAGACUAGAGCUCUUCCUCUGCUUGCUGUUGAAGAAUCCAGCAGGGAAAUAAAAGGCUGGUUUCAACUGAAACAAAGAAAAAAGGGACUUUUCGAGCAGAUAAAAAGAGGGAAAUACACAAAAUUUAAGUAUUUUCGGAAUCUUUGCCGGAAAUUCAGAAAAGCAAGGGAAGCCUGGAAUGUGAACACCAGAAUCUGUGGGGGAUUUGCCUGGGAGAAUUAUAAUGCAAAACUACAAAUAUAAGGCUUAAACAAAACGAUAAGUAGACCAAAGGAGGAUCACUUCUGCUGUUGGACACAAGCCAUUCCAGCGAAUUCUGUUCAGUUCAGAUGCUACAGGAACUGAAAGUAGAGUGAAAGAGAUUAUAAGCCGACAGAAAUAUAAAUUACCAACCUCUGAAUAUCACUUCAAACAAUGGAUUUCAAAAAUUGUUUGUUGUUCUGCGCUACCAUACCAACACUACUGAUGCCAAGUGUUUUAUCAGCUUGUCCUUCGAUGUGUCGGUGUGACAAUGGAUUCGUUUACUGCAAUGAUCGGGGAUUGACAUCCAUUCCUGCCAAAAUACCCGAAGACUCCACGACACUUUUCCUGCAAAAUAACCAGAUUAACAAUGCCGGGAUCCCAAACAAACUGAAGUAUCUAUUGAAUAUAAAAGUGAUUUAUCUUUAUGAAAAUUCUUUAGACGAGUUUCCAAUAAACCUUCCUAGAUCACUCAGAGAGUUGCACCUUCAAGACAACAACAUUAGGGCCAUUACCCAUGACGCAUUGGCAAGGAUUCCUCUCCUGGAAAAGUUACAUUUGGAUGACAACUCAGUGUCCACAGUUAGUAUUGAGGAAGAUGCUUUUGCUGACAGUAAGCACCUCAAACUGCUCUUUCUAUCGAGGAAUCACCUGAGCAGCAUCCCGACUGGUCUUCCGAAAACACUGGAGGAAUUGAGAUUGGAUGACAACCGGAUUGCAACCAUUCCACAAUAUGCUUUCAAAGGUUUAGUCAACUUGAGGCGUUUGGUAUUGGAUGGUAACCUUUUAGCUAAUCAAAGAAUUGCAGAUGAAACUUUCAGCAGGCUGCAAAAUCUGACUGAACUUUCACUGAUCAGAAACUCCCUGAGUUUUCCACCAACAAAUCUUCCCAGUUCAAAUUUACAAAAGCUGUAUCUUCAGGAUAACCUCAUUAGCUAUGUUCCACCCAAUGCUUUUUCUAAAAUGAGGCAGAUACAGAGACUAGACAUAUCGAACAACAACCUAACGAGUUUGCCCAAAGGAGUCUUCGACGACUUGGUCAACUUGAGUCAGCUGCUGUUACGCAACAACCCUUGGUACUGUGGCUGCAAGAUGAUGUGGCUGAGAGACUGGCUGCAAACAACAGCGUUUCAUGUCAACGUGAGGGGGUUGAUGUGCCAAGGUCCCGAAAAAGUUCGAGGAAUGGCGGUCAAAGACAUCAAAACAGAAAUGAAUGAAUGUUUACGUGGUGGCAAUCCAGCUCCAAAGACAACCCCAAUCAUACAUACAGUAACUGCCACUCAAGGAUUACAUUUCACAUAUAAACCAAGGCAGCCAAACAUGAAGUCACCAGAUUUGACUGUAGACCAUCCCUUGUCAGGAGGGUCAGGAACAAAACCAAUAAUCAUCAAUGUAAUGCCUUUAACAGCUGACAGCAUUCGCAUAACAUGGAGGGCAAUGUUGCCAGUCACUUCCUUCAGGCUUAGUUGGCUGAGACUCGACCAUAAUCCGUCAGUUGGAUCCAUCACUGAAACCUUGGUACAAGGAGACCAAACUGAAUAUCUUCUCACAGCCCUUGAGCCCAAGUCGACCUACAUCAUCUGCAUGGUUACAAUGGAGGCCAGCAAUUUCUACGUAAGAGACGAGACUCCGGUCUGUGCUAAAGCAGAGACUGCUGAUCUGUAUAGCCCGACCACAACAUUAAACCGGGAGCAAGAAGAAUCAGACCAAGGAGUCCUACCCCUGGCUGGUAUUAUUGGAGGCGCAUCAGCUUUAGUAUUCAUUGUUGUCGUCCUUGCAGCGUUCUGCUGUUACAUCAACAACAACCGGAAUGUUUUCUCACAGGAUCAACCAUACAACAGAGGCUGUAGGAAAAAGGAUGACUACGCAGAGGCAGGAACGAAAAAAGACAAUUCCAUUUUAGAAAUCCGAGGGAGUGGGUUUCAGAUGAUACCACUCAACAACCAACAACGACCGAAGGAGGACUAUGUGAUCCACACCAUAUUUCCAUCCAAUGGGACAAGUAUUUACAAGAACAGUCAUAGAACAGCACUUGGCAGUAACCGAGGUUACAGAGACGGUGGGAUACCAGAUGCUGAAUACUCUUACACGUGAUUGCAGAGAUGCUUUACGGCAUUUUUCAUCUUCAAUGCACUGCAAACAAAAGAUAUUUACAAAAAAGAUCAUAAAAACCAUUAGGGACAAAACACAAAGUCCAGCAGUAAAUGUCUGGCACAAUAUUUUGUACAUUUGUCAUAUAAUUUAUAUUUAAUAUGCUUAAAAGAUUAAAAAAGCUGGAUAUUUAGAAAGAAAACACAGCUUCCUAAUUGUAUUCAAGCCAUUCUUUCUUUCGCAUUUUGGUUAGAAGUGGGAUAAAGAAUGAACAGCCUACUCUGGAAUCAUAAGGCAUUUUAAAGACUCAGAAAUGUUUUAGUAUCAAACAAGUAAACAAUGUAGAAAUUCUUUUAGCAAUGCGUUCUUUUCCCACCAUGUUGAAGAUUUACUGCAUAUGGUUCAGCAAAACAUAUGUGCAUACAUACAUACAUAUAUAUAUAUAUAUAUAUAAAAGUUCUGUUUCUCUGUGCAGGAUUUAAAUUUCCCCAUACUUCCAGUGGUAUCAUCUGUUGAUGUUUUGUUUCCCUCUGUUCUGCAAUGGUGUUUUAAAACAGAAAAUUAGUUUUAAAAUAUUUAGUUCUUUAUGGUGUUGCUUGUGGUGCUGUUUUAGGACAUUAUCAUAAUUGGGAAAAGAGACAGAAUAUCAUAGUUACUUUUGAAGACAGUUUUGCUAAAACAUUUUUUAAAAAAUCAAGUUAGAUAUUUGUGCACCUAGACCAUGAAUUAUAUGUCCUUAAAUGAGAAGCCAAAUGGUUAUCUGACCUGUCAUGACAUUGAUUCUCUCAACUUAAUUCUAAGAACUAUUGCAGGAAAAGCUGCAACUAAAACAAAUUUAGACACAAUAGAAAAAUUUGCAAUUUAUUUGAAUAAUUUCCAAGCCUUAGUUUUGUUCUGUAGUUACAUUUCCAUAAUACAAAGUGCAGAAUAAUUAACGUCACGGUGAAUUCGGUUUUGACAAAUUAUCUGCAUUAAGUGAAACGCCCUGCCUUUUUUAUAAAAGCUCCUUAAUUUUGAGGAAAACAAUAUAAUUUCUGAAGUGACUAGUAAAACUAAAUGUUCAAAGGGUUAAAAACUUUCUUCAUAAAAUAAAUUAGUCCGAAUGUUGUGAAAAGAACACAUUUAAACUGAAGCACACCCAAGGCUUGGUGUUAAAUAUGUUUCAGUGAUAAAAGGUGAUGCUUCUAAUGGAAAUGUUUCAAUAUACCAGAGCUGCGCGUGUAUUAUCUACUGCUAACCUAAGCAUUGGAGGCUCAUCUUCCUCAUUGUAAUGUUGGAUUUUUGUCCCUUUCUAUGGUGAUCAUCCAGAAAUGCAUUUUUAUGUACUGAGAAUUCUUUCAGGAAAUGUAUACAUCUUUACUGAAAGCACCUUCUGUUCCAAACAGUGUUAAUUUUAUUCCUGUUUAUUAGUGACAAGAUUUCCUGAACAUUUGAGUUGAUAGCCUCAAACUUUUCUACCUAGCAGGUACAGUAAUACCCUGGAUUGAUGAUUAACAGAAAUAAUAUGAAGAUUAUCUAAAAGUUUGCCAGUGAAUAAUUUUUAAGCACGAUUAGCAAGUCACAACUGACUUUUUAAAGAAAUUCUCCUUAAACUGUAAAAUACUCUAAUAUUUUUAUGACCUUAAAUAUUGUUAUCGAGAUCAUAUUUCCACACUAAUGAUGAUGUGAUAUUGAAUAUUAAAAGAUCUGGAGAGAGUGGAUGUGGAGAGGACGUUUCCUAUAGUGCGGGAGUGUAGGACCAGAGGGCACAGCCUCAGAAUACAAGGACGUCCCUUUAGAACAGAGAUGAGGAGGAAUUUAUUCAUCCUGACGGCAGUGAAUCUGUGCAAUUUAUUGACACAGAUGGCUGUGGAGGCCAAGUCAUUGGGUAUUUUCAAACAGAGGUUGAGGGGUUCUUCAUUAGUAAGGAUGUUAAAGAUUACAGGGAGAAGGCAGGAGAAUGGGAUUGAGAAAGGUGAUGGAAUGACAGAGCAGACUCAGUGGGCCAAAUGGCCUAAUUUUGCUCCUUAUGGUCAUUGUAGUUACAUCAUCUCACCUUUUGCAGUCAUUUCACAGUUCUAAUUUGUAUCUAAGUAACCAGAAAAUACUGAUUUAUUUUAAAUUAGAGAAUUUUAAUGAGAAUAUUGAUUACAUUGUUUGAUUGUAUCUUUCCCCACUGCAACCUCCCACCAAACCCAACACUUCUAAAUUACUUUCAGAAAUGGAAUUUAAAAAAGAUUGACAAAAUAUAAUAGGAAGAUUUUUACACUAGUAGGAUAUAGAUUUUCAUUCCAGAUAGGCUGAACAUUCUGCACUUUAACUACUUAAAUAUACACCUGAUAGCUUCAGAUCAUCUUGACUGUCGCACCAGUCGGACCAGAUGAAAGCAGAACUACUCAAAUAACCUGCUUACCGCAGCAAUGUUGGCAUUUAUACUUUACGCCUCAGAAGAGUCAGAAUUAUAAUAGAUCCUCAAAUUAAAAUGUUUGUUAAAAAUGCUUCACUUAAAUCAAAUGUUACACAAAGCAUUUGUCUCAACCACUCAGAAUGUAAUUAAAAUGCAGUGCGCAGUCCAUGCAGGCAGUAGAGUGCAUAAAACAAAAUAUUGAUUCUAAUCCACUGCGCCAUUAUUUGGGAAAGAUGUACAUUUACAGCUUUAAAGUGAGAGCACACCUCAUUGCAGAGCGAUACAUUUUCAAAAUGAGAAAAACGAGCCACCAGCAAUCUUUGCAGCAUCAUUCUAAAAAACAGGAAAACUGCCAAUACUUCCACCAGACUGAUUAACAAACUGUUCUGAGCAGACAACCGUGAAUAAUUAUCCACUUCAAUGUUACAUGUAGGACUGAACAUUCAGCAUUCUCAACCUUGUCAAUUCAGCAAAGCUGACCCUGGCGACAUUAUAUACUCCGUGGCCACUCUAUUAUGUACCACCUGUACCUAAUGAAGUGGCCACUUCAUGGUCUGCUGCUGUAGCCCAUCCGCUUCAAGGUUCAAGAUGCUCUUCUGCACACCAUUGUUGUAGCGUGUGGUUAUUUGAGAUGCUGUCGCCUUCCUGCCAGCUUGAACCAGUCUGGCCAUUCUCCUCAAACCUCUCUCAUUAACAAGGCGUUUUCACCCUCAGAACUGCCACUCACUGGAUGUCUUUUUGUUUUCCGCACCCUUCUCUAUACUCUAGAGUAUAUGCUUAAGAAUCCGAGGAGAUCAGCAAUUUCUGAGAUACUCAAACCACCCCACCUGGCACCAAAAAUCAUUCCACAUCAAAGCCACUUUAGUUACAUUCUGAUGUUUGGUCUGAACAACAACUGGACCUCACGACCAUGUCUGCAUGCUUUUAGGCAUUGUGUUUCUGCCACAUGUUUGGCUGAUUAGAGUAAGUGUACAGGUGUACCUAAUAAAGUGGCCACUGCGUGUAAAUACCAAACUACUGGCUAAGAAAAGGUGGUUUUAGUGCAAGUACUGUAGAAGAAACUAUUAUAAUAUGUCACCACUUUUGACUAAUACUUUUACCUCAUAACCUUUCAAGUUUAAUGCCAUCAAGAGAAAUGGUCCUCCAUCAGUUAAAUAUAUUAAAAAUACAUUUUACAUGCUCCAGCAAGUUACCAAGUUGGCCUUCUUAGAGAAAAGUAAAUAAUAAGGAACUUUUGUGAUAGGUCUGUAAAAUUUACUUAAAGGUAUCUCUACCCUGGGAUUGCAAACAAACACCAAGAGAAGUAGCAAGCACACCAUUGCUCAGUUACAUAGGUAGAGGGAAAAAGUGAAAAAAGGUGAAGGGUUUUUUUAAAUUAUAUUUCUUUGUUUGGGAGACCCUUUAAAAGUCCAUGUCUCAAUGCAGUGGAAAACAUGACUAAUUUAUACACGUGUUAAAAUUUAUUACUUUGUUUCUCCGACAGACACUUUGGUUCAAAAAGGUACAGAUAUUUAUCUCCCAACAUGCUAUGCAGCUACGAAGGUGGUUGCUUAAUUCUUUAGUUGGCCUCUCUAACCUUUCUUCCUACAGCAAAACAAUAAUGUCUGCACUGUUACAUUAUCCAUUUAGUUACCAUUCAGGGCACAGCAUCAGGAAUUCAGCCAAUGCCCGAUUACAUACACCAGCACAGCACCGUGGAACGUUAAUCUCAUGAUUCAACACUUGUACAAGUUGAAGUAAGAAAAGUACUCCUUGAUCCAAAAUAAUUAAAAUUCAAUUUUGCCCAUGGCCUUACAUGAACUGUAGUAAAACAAGAAGUCAUCACCCUAAUGUCAUACAAGUUAAAAUGGUGUCCUCGAACAGAACUUCAUUUGGAAGUCUAUACAGGGCAGCACAACACUUUACAGUACAGGCAACCCAGGUUCAAUUCCCACUACUGCCUGUAAGGAGCUUGUAUGCUCUUGCACGUGGGUGCUCUGAUUUUCUUCCACAGUCCAAAGACACAUCACUUGGUAGAUUAAUUGGUCAUUGUAAAUUGUCCCAAUUUACAAUGACCAAGAGUUAAAUUGGGGGGGUUGAUGGGCGGCACAGCCCGAAGGACUAGAUGGGCCUAUUCUGCACUGUAUCUCCAUAAAUAGAUAAGUAAUUAAUAAAACUGCAAAAGGGAUUUAUGUCCUAUCAGAAUCAACUUUUCAGGAGUAACACAGAUUUCUCACAUACUCAGAUUUAUGAUUAACUGAAAUCAGAAUGACAAAACAAGCCCCUAAAACGUGUUUCAUUCACUCAUCCUUUCCUGAUCAUUAAGCCUUUCUUCCUAAAUAUCUCAGUCUCUGGAGUUCUGUAUCCUCCUUUAAAAUGUUCCCUAAGAGCUACUUGUUUGGCUAAACUAUUUGUCACAUGCUCUAUCCUUGGUUGUUUGAUAAGACAUUGGGACAUUUUACAAUGUUAGUGCAGUUAUUGUUGUUGAAAUGCAAGUUAUUGUGUUGAAAAAAAAUCUCCGUCAACUCCCUGCCGGUGUUCUGCUACCGUACUGCUCUGCGCCAAAAAAACCCUUCCCCACUUCUCUCAUUAUUCCUUGAAAGGGUAGAUAAUACUGUGUUUUUCUUCAACAGGCCAAUCUUGUACUGUUUGAUCACCAUCAUGGGCAUUACAUGUGUACUCUGAAAUAGAAAAGCAUUACCGAUCAGAAAGCUAAAUUAUGGAUGUUUUUCUAUAACCUUCUAAUCUCAUCAUCGAAAAUGUAAAAUCUCCAGUGUUCAGAGAAUGCGCCAUCUACCUACUCAGACAUAUCACCAUCAUUUUAGUUCAGUGCCUAACAACCUGAUAAUUUGCUUUAUAUAAAAUUCACUUCACAUGAACCCAACCUUGAAGUGUCACAAAAUCAAUAUUUAAUUCAUAAGUAACAAUCUUUACAAAUUCUAAAUAAUUACCUUUAUUGUCUUUCUUCAUUUCCAACAACAUGAACAAUUGUGUGCAUGGUAAAACUAUAAUGGCAAAGAUAAUUAUGAUCAAAAUAUUCCUGCAAAAAAUUAUAUUAUAUGACUCAGUUGGUAUUCCCCAUUGCACAAAUUGUCCUUUUAUAGCAUUUGGCACUAGGAUUUCACAGAAAAAGAUCUUUACUCUUUCCAUGCAGCAAUUAACUUUGAAACAAAGUAUUAAAUUAAUAAUUGUCUUUUAAAAUCCCUACCCAUGCACUAAAAAGUACCAAGGAGAAUCUGAAACACAAGAAACUCUGAAGAUGCUGGAAAUCCAAAGCAACACACACAAAAUGCUGGAGGAACUCAGCAGGUCAGGCAGCAUCUAUGGAAAAGAGUGGACAGUCAGCGUUUCAGACCGAGACCCUUCAUCACGACUGGAAAGAAAGGAGAGAAAUCAGAGUAGGAAGGUGGGGGGAGAGGAAGUACAAGGUGGUAGGUGAUAGGUGAAACCGGGAGAGGGGGAGGAGUGAAGUAAAGAGCUGGGAAGUUGAUUGAUGAAUGAGAUAGAGAGCUGGAGAAAGGUGAAUCUGAUAGGAGAGGACAGCAGACCAUAGAAGAAAGGAAAGGGGGAGGAGCACCAGAGGGAUGUGAUGGAUAGGUGAGGAGAUAAGGUGAGACAGGGAAAUAGGACUGGGAAACGGUGAAGGAGAAGGGGGGGGCAAUUACUGGAAUUUUGAGAAGUCAAUGUUCAUGCCAUCAGGUUGGAGGCUACCCAGACAGAAUCUGGGUUAGUCACCUUCCAUUCUCACUACAGAAAGUCUUAAUUACUUUGCAGACUAUGUGGUCAUUUCUGAGUUGUAGCUAAGACACCAAACUUUUAUUUUAAGACUGAUUAUUUAAUUUUUCCAUGUAUUUCUGUGUCCAAUUAUGUUGAAGUUAUGUUGAACUAGGAUUGCAACGCAUGGUAAUAUAAUGACUGAGUAUUUGGACUAAUAAUCCUGAUAGGUCCAAACCCCUGCCUUCUGUCCUAUGGGCUAUUUGAAAAUUUGAGCCAAAUUGAAAAAAAAGACUACACCAGAAUUUUGAAUCGGUUACCAUUUUGGAAAACCCAAGGUGUUCAUUAAAAUCCCUUAUGGAGGGUAACAGCUUUUAGGCUUUUAGUCAACUGCGCUGUCACCUCAGCAUGGUUGAGUCUUAAUUGCUCUCUGGCCUAGCAAAGGGAGAGGACAAAUUGGGAUGUGCGAUAAAUAUUUACAUUGCCAGCAAUGACCAUGUUCUCAAAAUUUAAACAUUAUGUAUAUAUUUUUUUAAAUUUUCACUUCAUGUCAACAAAGCAAAUCUCAGAACACUGCUGAUUUUCUAUUCUUCUCCUUCCUAUUUGGGUUUCACUUAAAGUAAGGAAGCAUGCCUUUGAGAAACAAUGCUUUACUACAUUUAAUUUCUCGUUUUUAGCAGAAUAAUGGCUCCUGAUAAUUUGCUGCUUUUAUAUAAGCAACGUUAUCACUGGAAUGCCAUUGAAAGGAUCAUUAUAAAUUAGCAAAAGUCUGUCUUGGCCAAUCAGUACACUGUGCUACUUCAAAUCAAAAUUCUUUUCAGGUCCAUGCCAUGCAUCAUUCAGAAUCAAUUGCUCAUGCAAGUGCUUUUUGCACAAAUGUUUCCUUAACUCCAAUAGAAUUACCAUUCUCUACUUCAGGCAAAUUCCUGAUGAUGAAAUUGCUUAAAACCUUAAAGCAAAAAUCCCUACUUAGAGCAUACAUGGUUCAGGUGACGUCUUGCUUAUGAAAUGUUCUUUCUGUCACUGUCGCAAGAUACGAGUUUGAUGUUAGUAGCAGGAAAAUCCAGUGAGAAUAUAAAAUGGUGGUCACUGUUGGGAGACGCAGCCGACUGCAGAAACAGUUUGGCCUCAGAUCACUUACCUACUUACCAUUCUGAUCAAAACACUGGCAAAGAAAUGCCCCAAAAUUAUUCCUAAAAUUAGUUAAGUGGGGACUAGGCCACGAAUAAUGAAAAAAACAAGGUGAAUUAUUGCCUGUAUCCAGUACACUGGUCAAAUCUACAUACUCAGCUUAAAGAUCAAAGAAUGAAUACAUGGAAAUGCAGUUCAAAAGGACGUGGAGGUAAAUACUGGAACUGCAGAAAUAUUGCCUUACUGAGAGGAGCUAACUCUCAGAAGGUGAAUUAAUAUUCUUAGCUCUGGCAUCUGCUGUACAGUGUGAAUAAUUAUGUCCUAAUCAAGACAAUAAAUCAUAAGGAGCGGGUUAAUUAGUUAAACUCAAUCAUAGUUAUAUAGAAAAUGGUCACUCCUUUUUCAUUCUCUGAAUGUCGUAUUGUUUAGGGUUGGCUUGCUGUGUUUUUGAGGAGAAUUGCUACAGGAGAAAAAAGGAUUUUCAGAAACAAAAAACCAAAGUGCAUUGUGAAGCCCUUUGGCCUCUUUUUGUAGGUGCCUUGAAAUUUCAAUGUUAAUGUGUGUUCAAGCUGAAACAUGCUGACCUUUUACUUGUACAUACAAAUGUGAAAAUUUCCUUGUUCUCUUCAAAAUAAAAUUUUUGAAAAUACAGACGGUGUCUAUCAGUGGUAACUUAGCUUUGUCAGUUAUAUUUUUUCCUAUCGGAGCACUGCUGCCAAAUUUUGUAGAUGAUCAGAGUAAAAUGAGGUAUCUUCCACUUACAUUAAAAAGUUGUUAAAUCAAUGUAGGUUUGUGGUCGUGGUUUCUCUUGUUCUGCAAGAAAUCUCUGCGCAUUAUCACCCAACUCCCCAAAAAAGCCACAUUCAGUUCCUGUCAUUCAUUCACUGACCCGUCUCCAACCUUACUUUCCUCUCCAACAACAUUAAACUUUGAGUGCUUUCUAAAUCUCACUCCUCCUACUUCAUGUUUAAAUUUCCCGGCUUUCUAACCCGUCUGUUCGGCUGGUGGUGAAGUGGCGUCCGCACCGGACUUCAGGGCGAGUGGUCCCGGGUUCGAAUCCGGCCGGCUCCUUGCACACCUUCCAUCUGUGCUGGGUUGAGCAACUCUGCCUCAUAAAACAGAAAAACGCUAAAGAGACAGCGAGGUUGCCACCUGAUGUGCCAAACAAGGCACAAGGAGGAACUUUACCUUUUUACUACUUUCUAACCUGGGUACAGAAUAAAUUAUUUUCUCUGUGAAUAUAGUGCACAAUAUCCUUAUUCUGCAGAUGUUGGAAGCCUUGAGCACCACAUGCAAAAUGCUGGAGGAACUCAAAGGGUCAAGCAGCAUCUGUGUAGAGGAAAUAAACAAUCAACGUUUUGGGCUGAGAUCCUUCUUCAGGACUGGAAAGGAAGGGGGCAGAAGCCAGGAUAAGAAGGUGAGAGGACGGGAAGGAGUACAAACUGGUAGGUGAUAGGUGAAACCAGUUCAAGUGGAAGGUGGAUGGGUAGGGGAGAGGGGAAUGAAGUAAGAAGCUGGAAGGUGUAGGUGAAAGCAGUAAAGGGCUGAAGGAGGAGGAAUCUGAUCGGAGAGAAGGGAAGGAGGAGGGGCACCAGAGGGAAGCUAUGGUCAGGUGAGAAGACAUGGCAUAAGUGGGAAACAAGAAUGGGGAUGGAAAAAGUGAAAAGGAGGAAGGGGGAAGAAAUUACUGGAAGUUAGAGAAAUCAAUUUUCAUGCCAUCAAGUUGGAGUCUAUCCAAAUGGAAUAUGAGGUAUUGCUCCUCCAACCUGAGAUUGGCCUCAUCAUGGCACAAAUCAGAUUGGGAAUGGGAAUAGGAAAUCAAGUUGAAAUGGCUGGCCACCUGAAUAUCCCACCUUUUGUGGUGGAUGGAGUAAAGGUGCUCGGUGAAGCAGUUCCCCAAUACAGAGGAGGCCACACCAGGAGCUCUGGAUUCAGUGGAUGACCCCGGCAGAUUUGCAGGUGAAGUGUUGCCUCCUUUGCAGGGAUAGGUGACUAGAGGGAGAUCAGUGGGGAGGGACGAGUAGACAAGGGAGUGAAGUAGACAUCAAUCCCUACGGAAAGCAGAGAGUAAGGAUGAUUGGGAAAAUGUGCUAUUGUUGAAAAUAUCCUUUUCUAAACCAUCUGUAGCCUUUGACAUAUCUGACAAUGCUUCUCUCUGUUCUUUUCAUAUCGAUCCAGCCGUAACCAGAAAGUGUGCCAUCUAAGACAUCAUGGGCCCAAGAGCCCGUUCCUGCGCUGUGCUGCUCCAUGUUCUAAAUUUUGCCCAGUCAACAUCUACACUCUGUCCCAUUAAUUUCAUCCAAAAACACAUCUUCAUACUCCAUAUAAUGUCAAGUUCUGCCUGACCUACACCUCUCCAAAUACCUCCACUAUUGCAAUGGGUGGCACAGUGGUACAGCGGUUAGCGUAACACUUCACAGUACCAGCGACCUGGGUUCCAUUUCCGCCGCUGCCUUUAAGGAAUUUGUACAUUCUCCGCGUGCUCUGGUUUCCUCCCACAGUCCAGUUGGUAGGUUAAUUGGUGAUUGUAAAUUGUCCCAGGAUGAAGCUAGGAUUAAAAUCAGGGGAUCGCGCGGCUCAAAGGGCUGAAAGGGCCUAUUUUGCAAAUAACACAAAUACUAGAAACAUGGAAUAAAAUAGAAAAUGUUCAGCAGGUCAGGCAGUGUUAGUGGAAAGGCAACAGAUUUCACCGACCGGAAAAAUUAACUACUUUCUAUAGCUGUCAUUCACCUGUCACCCCAAAAGUUCUUGCUUUCCUAUUUCAGUUCCCUCCAUAAGCCUGCCACCAUUCAGCCCCUCCAACCACACCUCUCUAGCCUUUAAUGUCUCUCCAAUUUCCAAGACAUUAAUUUUGUCCUGAGGUGCAUGGUCACUUCUCCUUCAGCUAUCCGUGCCAUAAACUUCCCAAGCCUCUUAUGUUUCAUAAAAAUUUUAUCUUUGAUCAAGUUAUCUCAAUAACUUCUCCCAUGGUUCUUAAUAUCUUUUUCCAUGGUUUUUGUUUCAGAUUUUGUCUAUAAAAGUCUUGUUAUGUUUUUCCAUGUUAAAGUUGGCAUAACAAUUCAAGUUAUGAUUGCAUUUUUGAAGGCACCAGAACCUCUGAUGCUGUCUGAUACAGUCACUGAUCCCCCAGCAUUUGAAUACGUUGUCUGUUGCUCCUUUUCAGUUCUUCAUGUUUCCCUACUGGAAAUGUCUGUCUCAACCAGGGAGAACAUUCAGAUGACCCAGACAUCUGAGUCUCCAGCAAAUGUCUGUGUCCAAGCCGUCACAAGAAACACAGUAUAAUUUUGAUAAGUAAUUGCUAAUUUAUUUGUUAUUCUCACUUGUUCUGUGGACAGUGGUCUCAGCCCGCAACAAUAGCUGCUAACUUCCCUCUAUAGACAUUGCCCAAACUGCUGAUUCCCUCCAACAUGUUGUGUGCUCUGCUGGGUGAAAAGAAUUGUUUGCAUGCCAACCACACAGACUAUUCCAUACAUUAAUGCAUUGAGGUUGUACAAAAGGAGAACAGUUAGUCCUGACGAAGGGUCUCAGCCCGAAACAUCGACUGUACCUCUUCCUAUCGAUGCUGCCUGGCCUGCUGCAUUCACCAAUAUUUUUUGUGUGUGUUGACAGAAUAUAUUCUAUCAGUUACAGACAAAGUGCAGUACCAGUAGAUAAAUGCAAAGACCACAAUGAGGUAGAUUGGGAGAUCAAGAGUUCAUUCCUUCAACCUUUGAAAGGGGACUUCAAAGUUCAAAGUAAAUUUGUCAUCAGAGUAUAUAUAUGUCACCAUAUGCAACUCUGAAAUUCAUUUUCCUGCGGGCAUACUCAGCAAAUCUAGAGAAUAGUAACUACAACAGGAUCAAUGAAAGAUCAACCAGGGUGCAAAAGGCAACAAACUGUGCAAAUGCAAAUGUAAAUAAACAGCAAUAAAUAACGAGAACAUGAGAUGAAGAGUCCUUAAAGUCAGAUCAUUGGUUGUGGGAGCUUCUCAAUGGAUGGGCAAGUGAGUGUAGUUAUUC